GAGACCAAUAGAAGCUCUCUCGUCCGAUAACACGUCAUGCUUGGCUCGAGGACAGGGCGCGAUCGUACUUCCAGAUGGUGCUACAAACACCGGUACGAGCGUACGAGUGUUUCUACGAGAUUUCGCGCCCCUCCUAAAUACCUGUCUCGAUUUCUUUUCGCCGACGAAGUUCGACUUUACGGGCGAACAACCUCAUUGCUCGAUUCGCCGUUUCCCACACAGUUGUGUCUGUUAUUUCGCGUGUUGAUCUGCAAAUUUACAACAAAUUGUUCUCGAAGUUGUUGCGAACAACGUCGAUCGAGGUUCCGCGCGAUUGAUUGUCGCACAAGUAAAUCGACGUGAGAGGGAACGUCGUCGCGCUCCCCCUCUUUUGGAUCCGCUUUUUGUGACAAAGUAUAUCAACAUUCAUGGGCGAAGUCGCGAUAAUUCGUGGAACAAUGUGUUCGGAAUCGUCACGAUUCUAAAGACGCCGCUUCCGGAGGAGAAAGAGAGAAGCGACAUUCAACGCGUGUGUCACUCCUCGAAUAUGUCUACUUCCUUUUCGCAGCAACAAAAUCUCAAGCGUAAAGCAACUGGUUUGAACUUGAAGUUUGCACACUUCCAGAGACUUCAGUUUUGCAGAUAAUAUAUACAAUAGUCAAAAAUUAGUUAAGUAAAUGAUAUAAGCUAGUCUCAAACAGGUUGAAGAAAAAUCAAAGAUCCUUUUGCGAGCGCUGAAUAUAAAUAUACUUGAUAUAUCAUUUUUUUGUGUCUGUGUCUUUGCAAAUUGAUUAUGCUAUCAUCAUGACCACAGUGGCACUGACUGAUAAACAGCUUCACCAACUGGGUAUUAGCAUUGCAAAAGCUGUAAACUCGACGGAGACUCCUGUAAAGGAGAAACAUGUGCGAAGUGCAAUUAUCGGUACAUAUCGAGAAAAGAGUGGUGCCAUUUUUUGGUUGUACAUAUUGAGGCAACCGUUGCAAGAAAAUCAGAUUGUUGCUUGGAAAUUCUGUCAUGUUUUGCACAAACUACUGCGCGAAGGCCAUCCUCGAGUUAUCGUCGAUUCGCAGCGAUAUCGUGGCAAACUUGAGGAUAUCGGCAAGCUCUGGCAACACCUGAGAGAAGGCUACGGUCGUCUCAUUCAGUUGUAUACAAAACUGUUAAUUACUAAAUUAGAUUAUCACAAAAGAAAUCCACGCUUACCUGGAAAUCUGCAAGUAACAGCGGAGGAACUAGAAGCCAUCGGAGAAAAUGACAUCAAUGUGUACUUCCAAAUGUCCGUUGAAAUGUUUGAUUACAUGGAUGACAUCUUAGAGUUACAGCAUGCAGUUUUCGGUUCUCUGGAUAUGUCGCGGUCCAAUUCGAUGACGCCCUGCGGUCAGUGCCGACUCGCGCCGUUAAUCCCGUGCAUACAGGACGCCUCGCAGCUGUACGAUUGUUGCGUAAAAAUAUUGUUCAAGCUUCACGGCGCGCUUCCGGCCGACACAUUAACCGGACAUCGCGAUAGAUUCUCAAAACAAUUUCAUGAAUUGAAAAGUUUCUACAACACUAUCAAACAUAUGCAGUAUUUCAAACAUUUGAUAACUAUUCCGUCAUUGCCCGAGAAUCCACCCAACUUUUUAAUACAAUCCGAAUUAAGAACAUAUGUCACGCCAAUAGUGGUACUUCCGCCUGAAGAAUCUAUAGACAGCGAGUCUGUUAUAGAAACUCUCAUCGAUACGUCCGACACGGGAUCGUUAACGGGAGAUCAAAUAGAUUCUACAAAUACACGAAACGGUUCGAUAUCGCCUGACGUUCUCGCGGAAAGAGACAAUCUUAUUAGUCAUUUAUGUCAAGAAAACAGUCGUCAAAGACAAGAACUGAAUCGCAUACUUAUGGAACAUCAGCAAGUGACCGCGGAUCUUAGAAACCGUGUUUUGGAACUAGAAUCGACCCUCUCUGCUAAAAGCAAUGAAAUUGUGACGGAGAAGCAAACUUGUCAACAGCUUAUAAAAGAGAACACAAAUAUCUUGGGAAAAUUUCAAGAAAUUGAAGGAAAAAAUGAAGUUAUAGAAGAGAAGUUUAAAAAACUCAAGGAUGUUUACUCAAAAUUAAGAGAGGAGCAUAUCAGUUUAAUCAGAAAGAAAGCCGAAUUGGACAAAGAACUGGGAGGACUGAAUUUGUUGCGGGAACAAUCAGAACGUCGAACGUUAAAGGCCGAAGAGCGACUGCAAGAACUUCUUCAAGGACAAGCGUCGGCGGAACAGGAAACACAGAGAGUGACACAAGCACGUCAAGAUUUAGAGGAUGUAAGGAAGAGACUUGAUGCUGUCCAAACCGAGAAUUUGGCGUUAGUAGCAAAGAUAGAUUUUAUCACUUCCGAGAAAACAGCUUUGGAGGGAGAUCUUCAUGACUUGCUGGUGCAGAAGGAAGAGCUUGAUUUACGAAUAACGAAUUUGGAAACUGAUGCCGAACGAACGUGCAAUCGAGUAAAAGUGGACGCCAGCACAGCUUUGUUCGAUUUAUUACUAAACGCUAUAUCGGAAGCAGAAUCUAUCUUGCAGCAAGCGAUGCACGCGAUCGAUAACCCGGCCAUAUCGGCCCUAACAUGUACACCUGAUUAUCUUGGUGGUUUAUUGGAACCCACAGAUAAAUCACUGCGUGAUUUACAAGAAACAUACAAUGAUUAUAUAUCCGACACUACGAAAGGAAAAUUGUUGAUUCGCGCUUCUAUACGCAGCGCAUAUUUUCUGGCUCUCUAUCUGAUAUACGCAAAAUCCACUUCGAACACAUCGACGGAUAUUGGUUCAGCUGACAGAUUCGCCGACGAAUGUAAACAAUUGGGCUCGCAAGGUUUAAUUAUGUUGAGUUACAUCAAAGAGAAGUCUUCGAUGACCGAAGCACAAAUUACAAAUGUUAAGAGUCAGUUGCAAAAGAUUUCGUCUCUUGUAAGUACGUUGUCGACCACUCAGAACAACGUUGAAAUCAUCGGGAAUUUAGUGGAAAACGAGCUGCAAAGUAUGGACAAGGCUAUAGAAGAAGCGGUUGCAAGAAUAAAGGAUAUGUUGGACAAGUCUCGCGCGGCAGAUUCAGGUUUAAAGCUGAAAGUUAACGAGCAGAUCUUGGAUUCUUGUACAGAAUUGAUGAAAUUCAUAAGGAAACUGGUGCAAAAGUCUCGUUUCUUACAGAGAGAAAUCGUGGAGCAGGGAAGGGGAACUGCCUCGGCUACGGAAUUUUACAAACGUAAUCAUCAAUGGUCCGAAGGUCUCAUCUCGGCAGCAAAAGCGAUUGCUAUGGGCGCAAAUUUCUUGCUAGAAGCAGCGGAUAAAGUUGUAUCGGGCAAGGGGAAAUUCGAACAAUUGGUUGUCGCUUCGCAAGGAAUAGCAGCAUCUACCGCACAACUGGUAGUCGCUAGCAGAGUCAAGGCUGACAGAAACAGCACUAAUUUGACUGAACUUUCAAAAGUCUCGAGAGAAGUGACUCAGGCGACAGCGAACGUUGUAGCAACUGCCAAAAGCUGCAACCAUCUGGUCGAGGAAAAUGAGGAUUUAGACAUGUCCAAUUUGAGCUUGCAUCAAGCUAAAAGACUGGAAAUGGAAGCGCAAGUGCGAAUCUUGGAACUGGAACAGGCUCUGGAAACCGAGAGAUUGCGCCUGGCAGCUCUACGACGCUAUCAUUAUCAACUCGACGGAGACAGCGAAACAUAAGCGAUAUUAUGGAUUUGAGUCUAUAUUAAAAAUCACACUUAGCAAUUGCAAAAAUUGUAGAUAAGAAAGUAUAGCAGUGUUGUGUAAAUUAGUCUAAUUAUUCCGUUAUAGAGCAAUUGAUUUGACUUCUAUUACACACAAACAAAAUUUAUUCAUCAUUUAUUCUUAGAAUUUAUAUAUAUAUACACACACACACAUAUUGUGCAAGUAUCUAAAAUAUCAACGAAUUUUCGUCGAUAGAAACUGAUCUAUACAUAACGUACUUUAUUGAUAAAUGCUCGAGUAUUAUAAUUUACUCGUCACACCCGAUCUUUCAUCUUACACGUCAUUUUUCAAUUGAUGCAGUAUUUGUUUUUUUUUUUUUGUUGUUGUAUUAUGUUUACAUGUAUUACAGAGCAUUUAUGAAGUAAAGUACAUUUGUCAAAGAAAAUGCAAUGAGCAAUGAAAUUCAAAAUAUCUAAAGUGAGUUUUUUUAUUAUAGAGUAAUUUUAUAAGAGAAUUACAUUUGUUUUUUGAAACAUAUAUUUUUAAGAAGAGAAUUUGUAUGUUAAUUAAUAAUCGUGAUUUUGGAAAUCUAUAAAAACUCCCGAGUGUAUUUUUUAGUUCCGUAUAGUAUUUUGAUCUUGACGAUCUUAGAUGAUGAUGUUUGUAAUGUUGCGUGUAGAAUAUAAUUUAGACUGAGCACACAAAUUUUUGUAAUACCGCAUCUUUUUGGAGAUGAAGGCAAAAUUUUCAAAAUUCAUAAGUGUGCGUACGUUUGGCAUAAGUGAAACUCGCAUGUGUGAAAUUUCUCCGACGAAGUCUCUUUACCAAAGUUAUUUUAUACAUAUAAAUACUGUUUUUCUCAAUAAAUUAUCAAGAAUCAA